CGCCAGGCUACCAACAUGGUGUUGGUUAGGUAUCUACAUCAUGAUGUGGUUUCUAGUCUGUCAGCAGGUCUGCUCCGCCAGGCUACCUACACCACAACGAGGUUAGGUAUCUACACGGUGUUGUUUGAGAAGAUGACGGGACAGGACGGGACUCCGCCCAGCUUCCUCAUGAAGGCUCUGAUUGGUAUGACGGCUGGAGCAACCGGAGCCUUCGUUGGAACACCUGCUGAAGUCGCCUUGAUCAGGAUGACCGCUGACGGACGUCUCCCUGCAGACCAGAAGAGAGGCUAUUCUAAUGUGUUCAAUGCUCUGGCCAGAAUCACUAAAGAAGAGGGGGUCACCACACUAUGGAGGGGGUGUAUUCCCACCAUGGCCCGUGCUGUAGUGGUCAACGCUGCCCAGCUGGCCUCCUACUCUCAGAGCAAACAGGCUCUUAUAGAGACAGGGUAUUUUGUGGACGGCAUCUUCCUCCAUUUCUGUGCCAGUAUGAUCAGCGGGCUGGUAACCACGGCAGCGUCCAUGCCCGUCGACAUCGUCAAGACCAGGAUUCAGAACAUGAGAAUGAUCGAUGGGAAACCCGAGUUUAAGAAUGGCCUGGACGUGUUGGCGAGGGUAAUCCGUAAUGAAGGAUUCUUCUCUCUGUGGAAGGGUUUCACUCCAUACUACGCCAGACUGGGACCUCACACCGUCCUCACGUUCAUCUUCCUGGAACAGAUGAACAAGGCCUAUAAAGUCUACUUCCUGGAUUAGACGGGAUGAAAAAGGAUUGGGGGAAGGGAGCUGAUUCUAGUUCUGGACCUACGGGAAACUGUACCCAGGAGCCACACACACACACACACUCACACACACACACACACACACACUCACACUCACACUCUCACACACACACUCUCACACACACACUCUCACACACACACUCACACUCUCACACACACACACUCACACUCACACUCACACUCACACUCUCUCUCACACACACACACACACACAGAAGCAGGCGCACACAGACUGAAGCAGGUGCACACUACACACACGGACAGACACACCCUCGUGUGUGAUGUGAGUGACCUUUAACCCCUGUCAUGUGACCUGACCCCAUUGUGUACGUUGUGUUAUUUUUUACUCAGCCCCCCCCCCCCCC